GUGUGUGUGGGUGGGUGGGUGGCCUUGGAAAACUCCUUAAGGAACAUUCCGUGUUCCUUUAAUGUUUAAGAAGACUGGCUGUCCAUAGUAAGCGGUUGGUAGAUUGGACCUCAGAGACCAGGAGAUGUACAGCAUGCGGACUUUGCUUUCCAUUUGGCUUCAUGUGCUGCUGCUUGCGUACGUCAGAUUACUGCUGCUAACAACAGAUGUCCUGGCUUCAAUCAGAGACAUAAACCAGGAGAAGUGGGAGAAGGACAUCAGGUCAGCUGCUAGCCUGGAUGAGCUGCUCAUGUUGACUGACUUCCCAGACUGGAAGCUGUGGCGGUGUCGUCUAAAGCUGAAGCAUAUUGACUCAGCCUCUUUCCCAGAAUUGCGUUCGGCCUCAGUAGGAUCUCACAGAUUCACACGCUUUGCUGCCAACUCUUACAGUCUGGAGGUACUCAAAGCCAUCGAUGAAGAGUGGCAGAAAACGCAGUGCAUGCCCCGAGAGACGUGUGUGGAUGUGGCUCAGGAGCUCGGCACUAGCAACGACAUGUUCUUCAAGCCUCCAUGUGUCUCUGUGUUCAGAUGUAGUGGCUGCUGCAACAAAGAGGGGGUCAUGUGCCGCAACACUAGCACCACCUACGUUGAUAAAAUACUUUUGAGUGUGGUGCCGUUUAAAUAUGGACCUGAACCGAUGCUGAUCAGAGUAGCUAACCACACGGAGUGUAAAUGCCAGGAACCGCAGAUGAUUCGCAGACAUGCUCUGCCCCACAGGAACAGUGGGUGUUUUCCCAUUCGCCAGUCAGAAGACUCCAGACAACUGUGUGACCGAGGGCUCAUAUGGGACUGUAUGGAGGAUCGGUGUGUAUCUUAUCCCUCCAGCAAACAAGCAGAAUUUCCUUCCAACACAAAGGCAGAGGAUUGUGAAAUUGAUGUUGAAAAAUGCGAAUGUAUUCCAAAAGCGGUGACAUCCACACACAAAAAUUCUCCAUGUCUGUGUGCAAUCAGGAGGAGGCAAUUCAACCAUACAUCUUGCAGCUGUAACAGAAAGUGAAAGCAUGCACACAGUGCAGGCACGAAACCUUGGACAAUCUGCUUCUGCUGGAGCUGCGAUCGAAGAUGCAUUCUAAUUUAUUUACAUCCUUAUUUAUAACACUGCCUUAUGCACACAUGCAAUUUCAGCUUAAUCAUGAUAUUUUAUGUAAGUAAUAUGCAAUUCUUUCUCCUGUGCACUGAAUAUAAAAACGCUUUACUAUUAAGAGUGAUGCUGAAAUAAUUCUGUUAAACGCAUGAGAAGCAUGCUGUGGACGUGCAUAUGCUACAGUAUAUGGUAUUUAAUAAUUGUGUACAUAGUAAAUUCAAUUCAAAUUCCUUUUAAUAUUGUAAUCA